UCAAGACAUUCUACACCUCUCAAAUCAAAGCGUAAACGUCAACAUUUGAUAAUUUAGAUAUGUACGUUGAAAAAAAUGAAUCGUAGUGAAGGUUUUGUGAAAAGGCGUAAUAUAACCCGAGAAACAACUGACGGAAUACCAAAAGAAGAUAGCGAUGAACGAAAACUAAACAAGGAAGAAAGCACAGAAGAUGAAGACUCCAAAGAAACCAGACUCACAUUGAUGGAAGAAGUGUUGCUGCUUGGCCUGAAAGAUAAAGAAGGUUACACCUCAUUUUGGAAUGAUUGUAUUUCUAGUGGACUACGAGGAUGUAUCUUGAUCGAGCUGGGUCUGAGAGGCAGAGUUGAACUUGAAAGAAAUGGUGUGAGGAGGAGGAGUCUGUUGGCCCGAAAACUUAUUGUGAAAAGCGACAAUCCCGUAGGUGAUGUCCUUUUAGAUGAAGCAUUGAAGCAUCUGAAAUACACAGAUCCACCUGAGAGUGUUCAGUCUUGGAUCGACUAUUUGAGUGGUGAAACUUGGAACCCUCUGAAAUUGAGGUAUCAACUAAAAAAUGUAAGGGAAAGGCUGGCCAAGAACUUGGUGGAAAAAGGUGUUUUGACUACAGAAAAACAAAACUUUUUAUUCUUUGAUAUGACUACACACCCCUUAUCUGAUAAUAUAACGAAAACCAGGCUAAUUAAAAAGAUUCAAGAGGCAGUUUUAACUAAAUGGGUGAACAAUCCACAUCAAAUGGACAAGAGGAUGUUAGCUCUAAUAUUUCUUGCACAUGCCAGUGACGUUCUGGAAAAUGCAUUUGCUCCUCUGAAUGAUGAUGACUAUGAUGUAGCCUUAAAGAGAGUUAGGAAGCUUCUGGAUUUAAAUUUUGAAGAGGAAUCAAAUAAACCAAACACGUGUGAAGUUCUUUGGGCUGUUUUUGCCGCCUUUACAAAAUGAUACACAUCCAUGUUAUUUGUCAAAAAGUUAGCUUAGGCUUAACAUCUUGUACAUUAUUCAUUUAUUACUCAAAUGCCCUUAUGACAUGUUGAUUUUACUUCAUAGAACAUUCUUAUAUUAUUAGGGGUUUUGGAAUGACCUGUCAUAAUAUUGGAACAGGACAGUUUGUACUAGAUAUUUAUAUUUCUGUUCAUAAUUUGUAAUAUCCUGGAGUACAUAUUUCUUGCUUAUACAUAUUCCUUUUCUGUUGUACUGUGAUAAAAGGAUGCAAAUUUCAUUAGUCAAAAGGGAUUUAUCAGUUUAGAAUGUAUUGUUUUUAAAUUUGAACUAAAUCAAGUUUCUCUUUUAUAUUAUUUUUAAUUACUUGUUAGAUAAAUAUUGUUAGUAUCAUGAAUUAUAUAUUAAAACUGAGUAUAUGUCAUACAUUAAAAGUCGGUGUGUGAAA